ACUUGCGCUUUGUGAUUGGUCCGGCGGCUUCUGGGAUCUGUCAUGUGUCCCAGGUACCGCCUUACCAUUCACAAAAAGCACCGCUUCUUGCGCAUGCGCACUUGGCACCCGGCUGUCAAGCCCAGCGCCGACACUACAGAAGCCGGGAAGACAGCGUGCCGCUGGAUAGAGGAACAGGUAAGGUCGUGCUGCAGAGCUGAGCGGCCAGCCCGGUAUUCUGACACGGAGGCGGUGGAAAUACCGGACCGGCCGCUCCAUAUUCGCUCCAUAAGACGCACUAAC